AUAUAUUUUAGUUGUUGCUGUGAGCCAAAUGGGGUAACCUAGGUAACCACCGUAUUUUGCGGCGUCUGUCUCCAUGGUAAAUAAACAUGGCGGUAUCUGGAAAACAUCCAAUUUUGUCCUCCACACCACUGCAGGUCCUGUUCUACCUCAACAGAUGGUAUUUUGCUGCCUACUUCCUUGCUGAGGGUCUGAUGUUUGUUUACAAAGGAUUGUUGUUACCAUACCCACCAGCUAGUCUCACGCUGGACGUUGGGCUACUCCUUGUUUUCCUUGGCUUGGAGUCCCUCCGAAUAUUUUACGGUUGGAAGGGGAACUUAACAGAGCGUUCUCUGGCCAUGUCAGUGAGUUUGCUGGUCCUGGUGCCGUGCACAGUGCUGUCUGUAUACUACCUGAUGCUGCAGACCUUCGUCCUGCGCCUGGAGUUCAUCCUUAAUGCUGUGUUGCUCUGCUUCUACAGUCUGGAGAUGCUGCUGGGAAUCAUGUCCAUAUCUGCUUUCUCCAGGUCAAAGGUGUACUAAGGAAGACGAAUGCUGUAAUGUUCCACAUCGUUUCAAGAGGAAUGAAGAAAGGGUUUUCACCAGGAUUGUUAUGUGAACAUAUUUAAAUCCCACAUGUUGUAUUUUUUCUGUUUUUAUAUUGACUGUUAAUAACCGAAUAUUUAUAUUUUUGUAACGAUGAAAUGUCAUCUAUUUUUUAUUUAUUUUUACCUGUUUUUGUAUCAACUGUCAAUCUUGUAUGGUACUAGCAACACUAAUGGAAUUGUCUUAUGAGGUUAUUCCAUCUGCUGUGCCUGAUGAUGGAAUGUAUUUGUACGAUUUUGCUGAUGUUGAUUCAGAGCACUAUAUUUCAUUAUUUACUUUAAUAAAUACAAUUCCUCAUUCA